AUGACAUUGGGACCCCUGGAAAACAACAGUAGUAUUGCUUCCUCCUUCCUGCUGAGUGGCAUUCCUGGGCUGGAACACAUGCACAUCGGGAUCUCCAUCCCAUUAUGUCUCAUAUAUCUGGUUUCCAUCCUGGGCAACUGCACAAUUGUUUUUAUCAUUAAAACAGAGCCUUCACUCCAUGAACCAAUGUACCUCUUCCUGUCCAUGCUGGCUGUGACUGACCUAGGUCUGUCUCUUUGCACACUUCCUACAGUGCUGGGCAUAUUUUGGAUUGGGGCACGAAAUAUUGGUCACGAGGCUUGUUUUGCCCAACUCUUUUUCAUUCAUUGUUUGUCUUUCCUGGAGUCCUCUGUGCUACUGUCCAUGGCCUUUGACCGCUUCGUGGCCAUCUGUCACCCCUUGCGCUAUGCUUCCAUUCUCACCAAUACAGUCAUUGGCAGAAUUGGCCUAGCGUCCCUGGGCCGCAGUGUAGCACUCAUUUUCCCAUUGCCUUUUAUGCUCAGAAGAUUCCCUUACUGUGGCUCACUGGUCCUCUCGCAUUCCUAUUGUCUCCAUCAAGAGGUGAUGAAAUUGGCCUGUGCAGAUAUCAAAGCCAACAACAUCUAUGGCAUGUUUGUUAUUGUUUCCACAGUGGGUGUAGACUCACUGCUCAUUCUCUUCUCCUAUGCCCUGAUUCUGCGUACCGUGCUGUCCAUUGCAUCCAAGGUGGAGAGAUUCAAAGCUCUCAACACCUGUGUUUCCCACAUCUGUGCUGUGCUUCUCUUCUACUCUCCCAUGAUUGGCUUGUCCAUCAUCCAUCGCUUUGGGAAGCGGGCACCUCAUCUGGUCCAAGUUAUCAUGGGCUUUGUAUAUCUUUUAUUCCCUCCCCUAAUGAACCCUAUCAUUUACAGUGUGAAGACAAAACAGAUCCGAGAUCGUGUGACCCAUGUCUUUUGUUAG